ACGUAAAAUGGCGGCUGUACCUGUACUCGGAGUGAGCUGGAGAAGGAGUGCGUGUUCAGCUUUUACAAAGCAAAUCAUGGCUUCAAAAGCUGCAAAGAGUGGAGUGAAAUUGUACUGCAGCACAACAAAGACAGGAAAACAGAAGGUGAAUGGAGUUGAACUCUAUUACCAGCAAACUGGGAGGGGAGAUCAAGUGGUUUUGUUACUCCCUGGGGCAUUAGGUAGCGGGCACACCGACUUUGGGCCACAGAUACAGGGUUUGGAUAAAGAACGUUUCACCGUGGUGAGCUGGGAUCCCAGAGGGUACGGACACUCCAGGCCUCCAUCAAGAGAUUUCCCUUUGGAUUUUUUUGACAGAGAUGCAAAGGAUGCUGUGGACCUCAUGCAGGCCUUAAAGUUUAAUAAGUUCUCUCUGCUGGGGUGGAGCGAUGGGGGGAUAACUGCUAUGAUUGCUGCAGCACGGAGUCCCUCUUUUGUAAACAAGCUGGUAGUCUGGGGAUCCAAUGCUUAUGUGUCAGAGAAAGACGUGGCAAUAUAUAAUGGUAUCAGGGAUGUAUCAAGGUGGAGCGAGAGGAUGAAGAAGCCCAUGGAGGACAUGUAUGGGCCAGAAUACUUCACUCAGACAUGGAAGGCUUGGGUGGAUGGCAUUAGCCAGUUUGCUCAAAGACCUGACGGAAACAUCUGUCGGGACCUGCUGCCCUUAAUCAGCUGUCCCACCUUGAUCAUCCAUGGGGAGAAGGAUCCUGUGGUGCCUGACUUCCACCCUCGGUACCUUCUCCAGCACAUCCGUGGAUCGCGCUUGCAUCUCAUACCAGAGGGAAAACACAAUCUGCACUUAAGAUUUGCUACUGAGUUCAACAAACUUGUGGAAGAUUUUCUCUGUGAAUGAAGACCAUGGGAUAUUCUUACUUGGAUCUUUAGUCUUAAAUAAAUUUUCCUGGGAGCAGAGGAGUCCUCCUCACUUGUAUAUAAUCAUUCUAUUGAUUGGGAUCACAUAUACAUAUCAUAUAUACAUGCAAUUGUAUAUAUUCUCAUGAAAGAAAAGAAACGCUGCAGACUUUGUCUAAAGCAAAACUUACAACUGUAUAGAAAAUGAUUCAAUAAAAAGUUGCAAAAACAUCAUGUCAUUUUC